UCUGUUAUUGUCAGCUGAUAGGAGCAACACACGUCAUAUUACAAACAGCAAACACAUUUGAAACAAUUGGUUAAUUGGAUUAAGAUAUUAAUGAAUUAUGCCCAAGGAAGUUAUCCCCAAGUACAGUAUCCUGUUGCCCACAUACAAUGAGAAGGAUAAUUUGCCCAUUAUAAUAUGGCUUAUUAUGAAAUACAUGAAUGCAAGUGGUUAUCAGUUUGAGGUAAUUGUAAUAGAUGAUAACAGUCCCGAUGGCACAUUGGAAGUGGCCAAAGACUUGCAAAAAAUUUAUGGUGAAGAUAAAAUUGUACUAAGACCACGGUCUGGCAAAUUGGGUCUAGGUACCGCUUAUAUGCAUGGCAUACAACAUGCUACUGGGGAUUUUAUAAUUAUCAUGGAUGCAGAUUUAAGUCAUCAUCCCAAAUUCAUUCCAGAAUUCAUAGAAUUGCAGAAAAAACAUAACUAUGACAUUGUCUCCGGAACUCGUUACCUUGGUAAUGGUGGUGUUUCCGGCUGGGAUUUCAAGCGUAAAUUGAUAUCCCGUGGCGCUAACUUCUUGUCACAACUUCUACUGAGACCCAGAGCUUCCGAUUUGACAGGCUCGUUCCGUUUGUAUAAGAGAAGAGUGUUGGAAAUGUGUAUUGCCAGUUGUGUGUCCAAAGGCUAUGUCUUUCAAAUGGAAAUGUUAGUACGAGCAAGACAAUUUGAUUACACAAUUGGCGAAGUUCCAAUAACUUUUGUGGAUCGUGUUUAUGGAGAAUCUAAGCUGGGCGGCACUGAAAUCAUACAAUUUGCAAAAAAUCUGUUGUAUUUAUUUGCAACAACUUAAAAUGUGUAGUAAUAAAAUAUUUUAAUAUAUUUUUUUUAUAAAAAUAAACCUUAUUUAGAAGCGCGUAUAUAAAAAAUAAAAACCAUAUAAAAAUUCAAAAAAUUUUAAAAAACCAAA